UGUUCAGGUCUCCAACGUCCAAGUCAUUGUUGCAGUAUUCUAGAACUUUCGAUAGCUUGUUCCAAUUCACCAGAUUCAAUCAUGACAACUGACACAAAAAAGGCACACCUCACGUAUGUUAAUGGACGUGGAUUGUCAGAAUCUAUUAGAAUAAUCAUGGCUGCCACGGGAAUAGAGUUUCAGGAAACAUUUCUCCAAAAUAAAGAACAAUUUGAAACCUUGCGGAAAGCCGGUGAUCUUUUAUUCAUGCAAGUCCCAUUGCUGGAAAUUGAUGGCAUGAAAUUGGUACAAACCAACGCUAUCAUUCGGUAUAUUGCUAGAAAAUACGACAUGUAUGGUAAAACACUGGAAGAGAAAACAAGAAUUGAUAUGCUGAAUGAAGGCGCCAGGGACUUUUUACGUCCAUUCAUAGGCGUUGGAUGGGUAACAGCCUCUACUGAAGACGAUUUGAAGAAGAUACGAGAAAAGAUAUUACCUAGAUAUCUACCAAUAUUUGAAAAUGAGGUUUCUAGAAGCACAUCUGGUUAUUUGGUGGGAGACAAUAUUUCUAUGGUGGACCUAACUUUACUGGAGUGCUUGCUGAAUUGCGAUGAUUACAUUCCUGGUGUUCUGGACGAUUUCCCGAAAUUAAAGGCCUUCCAAAACAAGGUUUCGUCAUUACCACGGAUCAAAGCCUUCCUAGAUGGACCGCAAAGAAAAGGAAAAAUGACAGAAGAGUAUAUUCGUCACUGCAAAACUCUGGGAAUGAGCGCUAAUUAG